AUGACGCCGCCGUGCGUGGUAUUCGACGCCUCGGAGCUGCCGCGGCGCGUGCAGGCGGACCUCAAGGGCAAGAAGCGCAAGCUCGAGGGCGGCGCCGACGUCAACUUGUCAAAGUGCGCGCUGCGGGUGAUGACGCAGUACAGGUGCAUGGUCGAGAACCCCGAAGUCCGCGACAGCCGCGUCGGGUGUUGGCCCGUACAGCGGUUUUUCCGACAAUGUCAGGAUAAGAAGGGCACUUUCACGGUUGAGACCACAGCUUGGGAAGGACCGAGCGCAGCGGCAAAAGUCGACUCUAAGGGCAGCCAGGCGACUCCGGACAAAGAGGUUGGCAAGGGCAAGGGACAGGUCGGUGUUGGUGAGCAGCGGACGUAUCAACAGUGGUCGCAGGCGUGGGGUGAGGAGUGA